AUGAGCCACGCGUGUCGGUACAAAUGCGCCAAUCAGAAUUCGGGCGAGUGGCGCCGCCUGCGGGAUUUGUUUUUAGCGCAAGUUUUAGCGCAAGCGGAGCCUCGGGCUCUGAUAGCAAAUUAUAAAGUUGUACUUUUACAGAAACGGCCUUCGUUAAUUUAUAAGAAAAAAUCAUUAAUGUCCGGAGAUACACAGAAUUUACAACUUAUGAAAGCUCAGCCUUCAAGAACAGAACUCAAGACUUUUGUCGAUGCAAUGAUUGAAAGUUCAUCAGCAAAUGGCAAAGUGUACACAAAUAAAGAUCUACGAGAUGAGGUCCUUAUGCUGGCACUAGCCGGUACUGACACUUCUGCUGCCGGAACAGGCUACGUGUGUAUAAUGUUGUCGCAAUAUCCUGAUAUACAAGAAAAAGUAUAUCAAGAAAUUUUAGAAGUGUUUGGAGAUUCAGAUAAACCAAUAGAAAUGGGAGAUUUACAAAAACUAAAGUAUAUGGAUGCGGUCAUAAAGGAAACGUUGCGGCUUUACCCACCGAUACCUGCUGUUGUAAGAUAUUGUAGCCGUGAUGUUGAAUUACCUUCUGGAUUAAUAAUACCACCGAACACUACCGUACUUAUUAAUAUUUUGGGAAUUCACCGUAAUCCUAACUAUUGGGGUGAUGAUGCUGAUGAGUUCAUUCCCGAUAGGUUUAUUUCCCGGCCACAACCGGUUGCGAGUGCUUAUAUGCCAUUCAUUAUAGGACCGAGAAACUGCAUUGGAUAUCAGUAUGCCGCGCUAUCUAUGAAGACUGUUAUCACGACACUGCUGAGAAACUUCCGGUUCAAGCCGGCUAGCAGUUUCACUUACGGAAAGGAUAACCCUCUUCGUCUCUCUUUUGAUAUUACUAUGAAGCACUUGGACAACUAUGAAAUUAAAAUUGAGCCCCGAAAUAAAUGUAGUACA